CGAUAAAUUGCGAUAGACUUGAUUCUAGACUUGAUCUUAUUUCGUGUGAUGUUUCUAGAUCUAUAUUCAAGAAAAAUGUUUUACCCGAACAUUACCACAUUCUCCAGGCUUCUGUAUUCACAGACGGAUUUUGGCAUUGUAAAAUAUUUUAUUAGAUCUAAAAGCUCAAUAACUGCACAUACUAGAUCUAUAAAACCCUUGAAAGUUUCUACAAUUCAAGAUUCAUAUUCACGGAUUAAAAAUUAUGACAAAAAUAAAAGUAGGAACAGUUCUGAAAAAGGUUACAAUAAACAUUUAUCUGCCCCUAAUUUACAAGCUAAUAAUAUAUAUUUACUAAAUGAGGAUGAACCAGAUGAACAAGAUACAUUUGCACAUGAAAUGAGUAAGUUUAGAAGUAAAAAACACAUCCAAGUAUCAAAUCAGGAAAAUAAAAGGAUGCUGAUUAGACAGAGCAGACGUAACUUGGCUAAGACUAUUGAAAAAAAAUUCUUUAGAAAGCCAGAAGAACCUAAUUUAUUAACAUGGUCAGCAAAAGAGCAAAUUCGUUACUUACAUGAAAAAGAUCCAAAAGAAUGGACUAUAAACAAACUGGCUAAGAGUUUUCCUAUAGAUAGAAGAGGCAUUCUGAAACUUCUGAAUUCUCAAUAUCGCUUACACAGACAAGAGGACAUUGUCAAACAUGAUUUGGAAGUAGAAAAAAACUGGAAUGAUAUAAAAAUGUCUAUGGAAAAUCCUGAACAAGAUUCUAUUGAUCCAUAUGAAACUCUUAAGAAAAGAUUUCUGUCUGAAGCUGUUAUUGCCAAUGCCAGUGGUAUCAAAUAUUUACCAUUUCCUUAUAAGGAGACUGAAAAGAUAAAUACAAAAGGACCAUUCUCAAAACUUGUUAGAGAUUGUUAUGAAAAAAAAGAGGCUACAGCUGAAAUUAAGAUGGAAUUGGCAAAUAAACUUGAUAAACUUUCUACUAUUUUAGCAGCAGUUUCUGCAAAAUUUAAAAUGGGUUCAGACAGUGCAGAAAGCUUUAGCACUGAUAUUAUACCAAAAGAAAAUCAAGCUGAACUUCAAAACAAGAAAUACGAGCUAAGUAAAAAUCACAAAACCAUUCAGUGGGAGGCAGACAAAAUACUGAGACAAGGCUACAUUCCUAAAUUGAUCGGUCACAAAAGUACUGGAAAAUCUCAAGUAGGAAAUAGUGUAUAUGAUGAAAAUGGAGAAUUUUUGUACAAAGUUCCAUAAAUUUUUGUAAUAAUAAAAUAUAUUACUAUUU